GCGCGCGCGCUCGUCCCGCCCUGGAGGCCGUCGGGGGUGGAUUCGGGAUUUCGCAACCGGCGGCACCGGGAGGAGGAGGAGGAGGAGAAGGCUCCCGGGAGUUUGGAAGCGCCGCCUGCUGGGUCCUGGGGCGGAUGCGCCGCUCCGGAGUGACGCUCCUCCGGGAAGCGCCCCGACGGGCGGGGAAAAGGGCCGGGAAGUCGCCGCCGCCGCCACCCCGCCACCCUCCUGGUGCCCCUCGACGGAGGGACCUUCCCGGGAGCCGCCUUAAGCGGGAGAAGCGUCUUACUGUGGCGACUGCUCCAAAGUGGGAGGGGGCACAGAAGACCAGCCCCCAGCGGGACAUCUGUCCAGCCGUCCAGUCACUGUGGGAUUCCCGAGAGUCUCCGUGCCGGCGAGACAUGUCAGCCCCUCAGAUCCUGGUCACUGUCUGCGAUGAUGGGGCACCGCCCCAGCCGGACCGAGACGCCACAGACAACGGGGGUGGCAGUGGCCCGGGGGUCUCCAGCCCAGUGGCGCUGGAGCCCCUGGAGAAGGAGUGGCUGCAGGCGGCCGCCGGGGGCCACGUGGCCACUCUCAGCCACCUGCUCCAGCAGGACCCCACCCUCGCCUCCAAGAAGGAUUUCACCUCGGUGAGUACAGCCCUCCACUGGGCAGCAAAGCAUGGCAAGGAGGAGCUGGUGGCCCUCCUCCUGGGGGCCGGGGCCGACAUCAACAUGCGAGCGGGCUACACCCCCCUGCACAUUGCAGCUCUACACGGCCACCGGCGGCUGAUGGAGCUGCUCAUCUGGACCCACGGUGCCAACCAGGACAUCCGGGAUUACAGCGGCCGCCUGGCCAAGCACUACCUCUGCGUGGAGACCCCGGAGGGAGCCCCCACCCCACCCCGUGUCUCCCCAGAGCUGAGCCCGAUCCGGGGGGAGCGCAGCAGGAACCGGAAGCUAGCCUGCCUCCUCCUGCCCAGGACCGUCCACCCAGCGCAGAGGAGAUGGGGCUCAGCCAACGACCUGGCGGAAGAGGAGGAGGAGGAAGAGGAGCCCCAGGAGACCCCCCAGCAGCUGGCGCCCCCAGGCAGCUACCGGGCCGUGCGCAAGUUCUCUCGCUAGACAGACAGAGGCCCCCGGACUUGACCAGCCUCUCUCUCAGGGAGAGGCAGUGGUGGCGCAGUGGUUAGAGCAUUGGAGCAGGACCUGGGAGAGACCAGGGUUCCAGGCAUUCCACAGUGACUGGGGGCCAGUCGCUGCCUCUCAGCCCAGCCUACCUCACAGGGCUGUUGUGAGGGGGAAAU